GGCAGCAGCAGGCCACAGCACGCAGGAGCAGCGCCAAGGAGAGCGGUUAAAAGCAGGGAUGAGGAUCCUUAUUGGAAGCCUUCAUUUCUACUUCAUGCCUUUCUUACUGAGCAGAGCAAAUGGAUCCCUAACUCAAACCCCUGCAGCCUAUGCCUCCCCAGUUUAUAACUACUCCUAUUUAAACCUCUCUUCUGUAUCAGAAGCACGAGCUCCAAAAACGGCAAGAGCACUCAAUUUCUCACACAACGUCAUUGGAAGCAUCACCAAGAGGGACCUGGAGGGUUUUGUUCUGCUGCAAGUUUUAGACCUUUCCUAUAACCAGAUUAAGGACAUUGAACCUGGUGCAUUUGAGAGUCUGCCCUGCCUUGCUUCUGUGGAUUUAUCAUUUAACAGUAAGGAACUUGUUGUAUCGGAUCUUCCAGCCCCCCUGAAGCUCUCACCCACUAGUGAAGCCUCGGGGGCUUUGCAGCUUUAUAAGCACUGUGGUAACUCCUCAGAGCAGCCACAUUCAGGAGGCCCAUCUGUGCUGCCAAAUGUCAACCCAAGGCCAAGGCAUCUUCCUCAAAGAGCAGAGAGAAACUCGACAGUCUCUCCGCCAGCCACACCGAGGCCUCAUUUCUGCGGAGAGCCAGUAAAUGGGACACUCGACCUGUCACACAGCAAACUCACUGAGGAGGAGCUGAUGCAAAAACUGGACCCAGAUCUCUGCCAAGCUCAGCUGGACAGCAUUCUGGAGCUCGACAUUAGUCACACCGACCUGCAAAUGGAUCUCCUGUCGCUGUUCGUGCUGUUCUUGCCAAUGAAAAGCCUGAGGUCCAUUGAUGCCAGCUGCAACAGACUAACAAUCAACAUCCUGGACGUGGAGGCCAUCUGCAGCUUCCCUCUCAGCAAGCUUUUGUUCUUAAACAUUAGCCACAACCCCAUCAACAGCUUGGACACGCUGUGCCUCCCUUCAACCAUCCGGGUCAUCGAUUUGUCCUUCACCAACGUGAGUCAGAUCCCCUCCAAUUUCGCUAAGAAGCUGUGGAACCUGGAGACCAUGUACACGCAGGGCAACCACUUCAUCUACACCGCACGCGCCGAGGGCACGGGCGCAGCUCCAAAGCCUGGCCCUGGAUUUGUACACAUCGACGCCAUCUCGUUUGUCAGAAACCAGGCCGGGACACCCAUCCAAAGCCUCCCAAAGAAGGUCAAACGCCUCAAGAUGUCCAACUGCUCCAUUGUGGAACUGCCAGAGUGGUUUGCCGGCACGAUGGCAGAGUUGUUAUUUUUGGACCUCAGCACCAACCGCAUCUCUGUGCUUCCUGACCUGCCCAGCUCCCUGCAGCACCUCGACAUAAGCAACAGCGACAUCAAGACCAUACCCCCUACUUUUAAGUCCCUCUCCAACUUAACGACGUUUAACAUCCAGAACAACGAGGUUACGGCCCUGCAGCCCGAGUACUUCCCCGGGGCUUUGACACGCUGUGACCUCAGCAGGAACAAGCUGAGCGUGUUGCCGUUAACCCGCGCCGUGGGCAAGCUCCGGUAUCUCAGUGUUUCUGGCAACCUCAUCACCAGACUGGAACCCAGCGGCCCCCUCCCUGCCCUCGUUCAUCUGGACAGCAGCCACAACCUCAUCUCAGAACUCCCUGACCACUUUGGGAAGUCUCUUCCAGGGCUGAGGUAUCUCAAUCUGUCAGGGAACAAGAUCUCCUUUCUGCAGCGAGGCUCUCUCCCAGCUUCCCUGGUCGAGUUAGACAUCAGCAACAAUGCCAUCACUACCAUAGUGGAGGACACUUUUGGCCCGUUAACGAGUCUGAGCGUUCUCACCGUUGAAGGCAAACAUUUUUUCUGUAACUGUGACCUGUACUGGUUUGUGAAUGUCUAUAUGCACAGCCCCCACUUGCAGAUAAAUGGCAAAGGGAAGCUCAGGUGCAGCUUCCCACCGGCCAGAAGGGGCUCCUUGGUGGAGAGCAGCAACCUCACGCUCCUGCACUGCUCCCUGGGCAUCCAGAUGGCCAUCACGGCCUCCGUUGCCAUCCUGGUUGUUCUGGUGCUCACGGGCUUAUGCUGGCGCUUCGAUGGGCCGUGGUACGUGAGGAUGGGUUGGUACUGGUGUAUGGCCAAGAGGAAGCAGUACGAGAAGAGGCCAGAAGACAAGCCCUUCGAUGCCUUCAUUUCCUACAGCGAGCAAGAUGCAAACUGGACCAAGGAGAUUCUACUGAGGAAACUGGAAACCGGCGGAUUCAAGAUAUGUUACCACGAGAGGGAUUUCAAACCAGGGCACCCUGUACUUGGUAACAUCUUUUACUGCAUAGAGAACAGCCACAAAGUCCUUUUUGUGCUCUCUCCCAGUUUUGUCAACAGCUGCUGGUGUCAGUACGAGCUGUAUUUUGCUGAGCACCGGGUCCUGAACGAAAACCAGGAUUCUCUCAUCAUGAUUGUGCUGGAAGACCUCCCACUCAACAGCGUGCCACAGAAGUUCAGCAAACUCAGGAAACUGAUGAAAAGGAAAACCUACUUGAAGUGGAGCCCCGAGGAACACAAACAGAAACUGUUCUGGCAUCAGCUAGCAGCCGUCUUAAAAACAACCAACGAGGCCCUUGUGAGAGCGGAGAACGGCUGCGCUCAGGACAUGUAUGAGAUGGAGUGAGGGACAGGAACGGGGCAGAGCUGUGCCUGGAAAGUCUGCAGUCCAAUAAAAGCGUUUCUGUGCUUACCUGCUGCAAAGGCUGCUGCGCUGCAGUGAGGUUUGUUUCUUGUCUC